AUGUUCAUUUUCUCUAAACUUCGGGAGGUCGUCUGGGGGAAACCCGCGGCGACCAAGGCAGAACGAAAGCUUUUGGUCAAGCUUGACUUGGUUAUUCUAUCGUUUUGUUGUUUGAUGUAUUGGGUUAAUUAUCUUGAUCGCAUGAACCUGAACAAUGCAUAUGUGACUGGAAUGAGAGAGGACUUGAACUUCCACGGCAACCAAUUGAACAUCGCCAACACAGUUUUCUACGGUGGCUAUGUUUUGGGACAGAUUCCGAACAACCUCGCCUUACAAAAGCUUCCUCCGCGUAUCUAUUUCCCGGCCUGCAUGGUUGCUUGGGGCUUGCUCACUUUGGGCACUGGCUUUACUCACCAUCCAUGGCAGAUCAUGGUUAUCAGAUUCUUUCAAGCUAUCUUUGAGGCUUCUACGUUCGUUGGUUGCCAGUAUAUUCUCGGAAGUUGCGGGAACGAUGUUCUCCGGAUUUAUGCAAGGGGGAUUCAUCAGAGUCUUGAUGGUGUUCGAGGUCUUCCUGGCUGGCGGUGGUUGUUCAUCCUGGACUUCUGCAUCACCAUUCCAGUGGCCAUCUUUGGGUUCCUCGCGUUCCCGGACACACCAACUUCGACAACCGCAUGGUGGCUAAGUGAAGAGGAGAGGAAGCUCGCUAUCGAGCGACUUCCCGAAGUCGAGAAACAACGUGGUAUGUUGGGAUGGAAUGUGAUCCCGCGUGUCCUGCGGACCUGGCACUGGCUAGGCUUUAUCCUGCUUUGGAUAUUCGCAAGCAACACCGAAAUGUUCUCAUCGAAUGCUAUCAUGAAUCUGUGGCUCUCGUCAACAAAGAACUACACCGUGUCGGAAGUCAAUUACAUCCCGACCGGUGUGGCGGGUGUAGGAAUCAUCACCACCCUUGUCCUGGGCUGGUAUUCGGACUUCACCAAACGUCCAUGGCAUGUGGGUGUUUUCCUGGCCUGCACUGCCAUUUUGUCCGGAGCGAUCAUGCUACGGCCUCCAUCCACCGGAGCCAAAUUUUUCGCAUUGUUCCUGAAUGGUUGCCAGUACGCUAGCCAAACUGUGAUUUUUGCCUGGGCAAAUGGGGCUACUGGAGAUGAUGAUGCGAAGCGAGGAAUAAUUCUGGGUGCUAUGAACACAUUUUCAAUUGCGGUCUAUAUGUUCUGGUCACUGCUUUUUUACAGCACGACCCAAGGCCCAGACUGGAAAGAGGGUAGCAUUGCAAUGAUAUGUAUGGGGUUGGCUUUGGUUAUCACGACAAUUGGGGUCCGGUACUUGGAGAAGCGAGACAAGCGGAGGAUGGGAGUACAUGAGGGGGUUCAAGUCCAAGGUACCGACGAGGUGAAAGCCAGUACCGACGCUGAUAGACCCAAAGACACUGAGUAG